GGGGGGGAUCGGGAUUCCUAAGGAUUACCCGUCAUGCCCCGCGGGUAAAGAUGGCGACAGCUGAGCAGGGCAGUAGAUCAACUUUCUCCGAGCGGCACUGAGUGGAUUUUCUUCCGUCGGUCGGAGCGUCUCAGCCGGCUGCUUCUCCUCCCUCCUCCCGCCGCCGCCGCCGCCGCCGCCUCCCCGCUUCGGAUCUCCUCCUCAGCCGGAUCUCCUCGCUCCUCCCCGGCCUCGGAUCGGUUCGGAGCCCCCCCUCCCUCCUCCUUCUCUCCUCGCCCCACCGGAGGAGCAGAGCGGAGCUCCGGCUAAAGUUUCCUCUCCUCUCCGCCCUCCGGGACUUGUUUGUGGAGGCAACCGGGACCGAGCGGCGCCGUCCGGCCUCACAGGUUGAGUCUCAGAGGAGGACUGAGUGUGAGGACGGACACCGCAGAGACGAUGAAGAGUUUCCUGUGCUGACAUACGAGGUGUUUCAGUGGAUGAAGUCAGCUGUGGAGAAGAGAAGCUCACCUUUCAGGACUGACAGACGAUAGAGAGGAAGGAAGUAGGGCCCAGGAUGACGAGUGCGGCCCCGGCCAGGAAGCCGUACCGUAAGGCUCCGCCGCAGCACCGUGAGAUCCGCCACACCCUGCCCGUUGCUCCACCUCCACCUGCGCCGCAGCCCGACAUAAAUCAGGAGGUGUUAUCAGACUCUGACAGGAUCAGAAUCCUCCAGCAGCAGAAUGAGGACCUGCAGCGCCGCCUCUCCCUCUCCACCCACAAGAUGGAGGCCAUGGAGGCGGAGUUUGACGGCAGCCGUCACUACAUGGAGGCGGAGCUCAGCCGGACCAGAGACGACCUGGACAAGAUGAGGGACAAGUUCCGCAGACUCCAGAACAGCUACACGGCGUCUCAGAGAGCCAAUCAGGACCUGGAGGAGAAGCUUCACGCUCUGCUACGGAAGGUGGAGAGGGACAAGAAGACAAUGGACCAGGAGAUUGUGGAGCUCACCAACAAGCUGCUGGACGCCAAAAACACCAUCGACCGUCUGGAGGAGCUCAACGAGCGUUACAGGCAGGACUGUAAUCUGGCCGUCCAGCUGCUAAAAUGCAACAAGUCACAUUUCAGGAACCACAAGUUCGCCGAUCUGCCCUACGAGCUGCAGGACAUGCUGAACAAACACAUGAAGAGCAGCCUUCCAGAGCGAGGCCCCGCCCCUGGCUCUCAGGACCCAGACACACUCAGUUUGACUCCCGCUGACGUCGUGCCGACAUCCGUCAUCGCCCGGGUCCUGGAGAAACCUGAGCCGCUGGUCCUGAAUUCGGCCCAGUCCAGCAGCUGUGGCCGACCUGUUGCAGAGGACGUCUUUGUGCAUGUGGACAUGACGGGUCCCGCUGGUGCUGAGGCCCGAAGCCGGGAGAACGGCGCACAGGAGGCGGCGCAGCAGAACGGUUCCUGCCGCAGUCAGAGCAGUCUGGACGGGCAGUCUGGUGGCGAGGAGGCAGGUGGGGCUCCGUCCUUCGAGAAGUUGAACCCUUACCCAGCACCACCACCUCCGCACCCUCUCUACCCCGGCCGCAAGGUCAUUGAAUUCUCUUCUGAUGACAAAGUGAAGAUCCCCAAAAACUCACCGCUGCCCAACUGCACCUACGCCACACGGCAGGCCAUCUCUCUGAGCCUCGUCCAGAAUGACGAUGAGCGCCUGGCCCCCGGCAGCCCUGCUCCCUCCUCCUCCUCUGGCGGAGGGGUCCAUCAUCGCACACCGCCGUCACAGCGGGACGCCGCCAGCGAGCCACUGUCCAGCCAGUCCAGCCCAUUCAGCAGCCCGCCACAGGCCCCCAGCGUCCUGGCGAGCUCCGGCAGCUCGGAGGAGGACCUGCUGGCCAACUGGCAGCGGAUGUUUGUGGAGAAGAUGGCGCCGACAUGCGACGGUUCAAUGGUUCAUCGCACGGCAUUCAGCAGUCAGACGGCUCAGGAGCUACAGAGGAGGAGGCCGACGCCAGGGGGCGGGACUUCCUCCUCUUCUGACCGCCACAGAGCAGCGUACUCGGACGGUGAAGAGGGCUCAUCGGCGCGGAGCUGGACGCCGAGCCGUGGCUCCAGCCUCGACACUGACACCGACACCGAGCCUCGACCCGGCAGGAGGGGGCACUUUGGCGGCGACGGCUCCACAGAGGAGGGCGAGAGGCUACUGAUGAACCUGGAGGACGACUGUGGCAGCGGGGACACGGCGGUCACCGUGGCGACCAGCCCUGCCAACACCCAUAGGAAGGAGUUAGAGGAGGAAGAGGAGGAGGAGGAGGAAAGUUCCACUGAGGAGAGAGACGUUCUCCCCCACGACCUGCCCGUCAUCUCGCCCCGCCUCCUGGACUACGACCCCGCCCUCGCCGCCACCGCCGCCCCGCAGCGUCCACAGAAGAGCCCGAAGAGGAUGGGCGUGCACCACCUGCACCGCAAAGACAGCCUGACCCGAGCCCAGGAGCAAGGCACGCUGCUGGACUGACCCUGCCUCCUCCACACUGUCUGUUCCCAUGGCAACUGACUUGUCUGUCACAGAGGUCAGAGGUCACGCCCAUCCAGGAUAUAGCCAUGCUCUACCGUAUGCUGCCGAGCUCCGUGUGUGUGUGCGUGCGCGUGUGUCAGACCGAUCAGUUGUGAGAUUGAUCAGCUGAUAAUCAGCUGAUCGUCAACUUAUCACAAAUUCAACAAUGAUAAAAUCAAACUUUUAUUUUUAUGUAAUCAAAUUAAAUUCCAACAGUAUUUUUAUUUUCUUCCAUUCGCCACAUUUUUAUUGAUUAUUGGUAAUCAAUCACAUUAAUCUGAAAAUCACUGACGUGCUCUGUGGCCAAAAGUUUGUGGACGUCCUGUGAUACAAGAGGCAACUGAAUCUUUCUUUUUUUUUUUACUGAGUUUCUCAAAAACUGACGCAGAAAACAAAAUUAGAUCAAAGUGACUCAUUUAUUUACUUAAAACCACAUUUUAACUGUGAUGGAACAGAAAGUAAAAUUAAAGCUGCAGCAGCGACGAACGGACUCUCGCACCUCUGCAACUGGUGCUGUCAGGACGUGUCUGAAAAUAUGUACUUCCUGUUGCCAGUAGUUGCCAAUAAGGCACACGCUGGUUUUGCAGUCGAUCCGAUUGAUUCUACAGGAGAAGUUUGUUAAAACACAACACGUAGGAAAUUCAAAAUGGCUGAUUUCCUGUUGGGUUUAGGCAAGAGGCUUUGUUGUGCGUCAAGGCAUGUGUUUUGGCGAAACGUUGACCUGCGCCGCCGCAGCGACAGGCUUUGAUGAAAACUCAGUUUCCACAGUCAAGCAUCACCCCGGCCUUAUGGCUUUUUUGACCACAUUUUAAGUGGAUCUGGUCAAAUUUGUAGGAGAUAAAACAUAUCAUUUCCUGUUGCCAGUAGGGGGCGCUGUAUUUAUCACUAAUUCAGUUCAGUUUCAGUUUUAUUGUCACUUAAUGAGGGGUUAAUGGAGGGAGUUAAUUUCCCUGAUGGCCUGAGGGAAGAAACUGUUGCACUGGUGGAUCUGGCCCUGAUACGUGGUAGCCUCCUACCAGAGGGCAGGAGCACAGAGAGGUGGUGGGACGGGUGAGAGGGGUCCAGCUUGAUGCUUGUGGCCUUUCUGACACAUCUGUCUUUGGAGAUGUCUGCUGGGGCUGGUGGGGCGCCGAUGAUCUUCUCUGCUGCCCUAACUACUCUUUGCAGGGUUUUCUUAUCUGCUGCAGAGCAGUUGCCAAACCAGACAGUGAUGCAGUGGGUCAUGUGCUUUCUAUUGUCCCUCUGUAGGAUGUUGCCAUGAUUGACGGAGGGGAUUUGGCAGAGCAGUCAUGUGUCAGUAGUGUGAACGGGGGGAGCACACGGCCCUGGAGGGAGCCGGUGUUCAGUGUGAUGCUGCGAGAUGUUCUCUUUCCUGUAACACAGUCCAGUAUCCAGUUGCAGAGUGGUGUGUUGAAGCCCAGAGUGUUCAGCUUCUCUGUGAGUUGUUGUGGAGUGAUGGUGUUGAAUGCGGAGCUGAAAUCAAUGAAUAACAUCCUGACAUGUGCAUUUUUUUGUUCUAGAUGUGUGAGUGCCACAUGUAGAGCGCUGGAUACAGCGUCCUCAGCAGAUCUGUUUGCACCAUAUGCAUAUUGAUGGGGAUCAAGGUUUGGAGGCAGGAGGGUUCUGAUACGCUGCAUGACUAGCCUCUCAAAGCAUUUCAUGAAGAUGGGGGUCAGAGCUUUGGGGCGGAGUCAUUCAAGCGUGACUCAGAGGCGGAUUUGAGGCAUUCUGGGACAACAGUCUGGAGCAGAGAUGUCUGUAAAAACAUCUUUGAGCUGGUCAGCUCAGUCUCUAAGGACCCGACCAGGUAUGUUGUCCGGCCCAGCAGCACAUGUAGAUGUGUUCAGGGCGGGACUGUCAUCAAUCCUGUGAAGUCUGGGGAAGAUUGGAUCAUGUAUGCAGGAGUUUUAAACUACUUCCUGUUUCAUGGCAAAACUGAAGUUUGACGCUCGCCAUCGUCACAUGGAUUGACAACAAGUCAAGCUUAUAAUAACUUUUCAUCUUUAGAUGGUACACACCAAAUUUGAAGUCGAUAUGAUCAAAUCUGUGGGAGGAGUUCGUUAAAGCACGACUCCUGGAAAUGCACCAGAGUUACACAGUAAAUUCAAAAUGGCCGACUUCCUGUUGGGUUUAGAGAAUGGCUCCAAAAGACUUUUCUGUACGUCUGAGCACGCUCCAUACGCGUGCCAAACUGUUUGUCUACGUGAAAGUUAAAGGUUGGGGAUUAGGGGCUGCUGUUGAACCAAAGUGCCCAAACUUUAAAACCAAUGUUCCCUAGGAUUCAAAGUUUCAUGAGUUUUUGAGCGUCCCAAGAAAUGUGCUCAAAGACUACAAAUAAAAAUCGGAAUAAUAAGAAUUCCUUAAAUUUCAUGAGGGUCCUUGCCGCUGCCUGCGCUUAGUGCUCGAGUCCUAAUUAAAUGGUUAGAUUAAUAAAUACAAAUGUUUUUCUCUAAAUCCUCAAAGACUUGAACAGGGUUUGGUUGAUGGUGGCGUCCACUUACUUUUGACCACAUAGAGUCCAUGAUCAGACGUCUGUACACCAAGAUGAACUACGCGGCCCAAAGUUUGACGGCUGAUUAGAUUAAAUUCUGAAUUAUGUAAUCAGUAUUAUAAUCAAUGUUAGAAAACCCAUUCUGUGUGUGUGUGUGUGUGUGUGUGUGUGUGUUUUGGAUUGUUUGUUAGAGAAGAAGAAAAAAAAGAAGAAGCUAAAAACUUUUUGGACGUCUUUGCCUUGUUUCCUGACCUGGAGCUUUUAUUUUGAAGAAAACAUAUAAGACACCUGGAUGUGUGCGCACACACACACACACACACACACACACACACACACACACACACACACACACUCGGACUCGGACUCUCAGUGCCUAUCACUCUUUCUGGGAGGUUGCGAGUACGACGCCGGGCCUGCUGAAGGUCAGACUUUUAUUUUCUUCACUAAUCACUUCCUGUCAUGGCGUGUUUUUAUUUAGUCACCUGACUGGUCUGUCGGGGCGUUUAACCUUUGACCCUGGCUGACCUCCACCCCCCCGCCCCUCCCUUAACGCUGUACGUGCAGGGGGGUGGGGCCAGGGGGCGGAGCUUGUCCCACCUGGAAUGUAACCAUUCAGUUUGUUUGUUUGUUUGUUGUCUUUGUUUUGGGGUAUAGAUCCAUUAUUAAGAGAUUAUUUUAUUAUGUUUAUGUUUGAUUUGUUUUGUUGUUUUUAUGUUCGGACGUUCUCACGCUGCUACGGAAGCCCGUUAGUUCCAGAAACAUGGGUGGGCACUGAAAAUGACUUUUAUUUUGAAAGAUAUAAACUGGUGUCCUGACAAAAUAAAAAUAGUUGGAGAGGCGGUUAAAAUCAGGAGAAAUCAGGUCAUCAGCCGUCGCACCCCUGGACUAAUGUUUGAUCAUUUAGUUUGAGUUUUAAAGGAGCAGUACGUACGUUUUAGUGGCGUCUGGCGGUGAGCAUCACAGGUUACAACCAGCUGAACGUCUCCCGGUUAGAAUUCCUUCAGCGUUCAGGAGCUGAAUUAUCAGCAGAUGUCUCCUCCUCAGUGCUUUUACGACGCCACUCAUAGCGGAGGUACUGCUGAUUAAGAAAACAUGAAUGUCUCUAUCUAGAGUCAGCGUUUGGUUUGUCCGUUCUGAGCUACUGUAGAAACAUGGCGGUACGUGUUGAUCUCUGUAGACGAGGACCUGCUCCCUGUGUAGAUAUAAAUGUCUCAUUCUGAGGGAACGCAAACACAGCUGAUUAUACACUAAUGUCGGGUUGAGACUACACAGUAUCAGUCUGGUUAAAGCUCAACGCGGCGCCGUACGGCGUCGCAAUAAUAAGCGUCAUACGUGACAAUCCAAGAUUUCAUCUGGUGUAGUGCGUCACAGUAGACGACAACCGACGGCAGGUCUGGGACGCCUCAGGACGUCCCAACAGAAAGUCUAACAUGUUUGAUUUCCUUUUGGUCAUUCGCAACUUCUCCCGUCACAGACGUCACUUUGACCAAUAGGAACACAGAGCGAUCCACCAUAUGACACUUUUUACGUAACAGUAACAUGCUACUUUUUGCGUUACUAUAGCAACAUGACACUUUUUAGGUAAGAUGACGCUUUUUACAUCACCACAGUGUGAACAGCCCUGUAGACUGAAAUAAUAGUAAUAAUGAUAAUAACAAUAAUAAUAAUAAUAAUAAUAAUAAACAAUAGGACAAAAGUCACGGCAAGAUUUUAUGACUCCACCAUCACCUGAUCUGACUCAGUGACUGUUGUGUAGAAAAAAAAAUUCGCCCAAAAUUUAAAUGUGUGAAAAUACACAUUAACAUGAACAUGUUAUUAGCAAAGAUAAAACCACCUAUUUAUUAUAAAAAGCAACGUAAUUUACAGAACACAUUAAUGACAGAGUGACCGUUAGCCUCGUGCCAUCCUGUGAGCUAGCUAAAGCUAAAUCACUGUGCAGCACUUAUGACGGUGAGGUGAACUUGUUAGCUGAUAGUUGCGUACUACUGAAACAUAUAAGCAUGUUAGCUUUAGCAUUAUUCCAGGUGUUCCAGCAGGAGACUCUGAAACAGCGUCCGAGGCUAACGCGACCCGCUGUGCUACGUCAGCUUGUUUUCCAUGUUUCUGGCACUCGCGAGCUUCCGUACCUUCAGUUUGUUUUUCUUCUGUGCGGUGUCGCUGAUUGAAUGUUGGCUCAUUGCCUUCCUCACAGCUCUCUGAUUGUGACGCUCACCGAGCACCGUCAUCACUGAUUGAUCCACUGAUGAUUGAUUGAUUGAUUGAUUGAUUGAUUGAUUGACUGAUUGACUGCAGGCUGUCAGAGUCCUGGUUUUAAAACCUGAGCAGAUUUUCUUUGUUUCCUCAGCAGUGCUUCGUGUUCUCAGAGGAGGUGAAAGUAUUGAUCACAUAUUGAUCGGUUUGUAUUAAAGUACUGUGAUCAGUAUUGAUCAUUCAUCAUCAGUUAAUUGAUCGCUUAGUCUUCAAAGCCGACAGCAGGCAGCAUCAUAAUUAUAUUUUUAAUCCCGUUAAUUUGAGAGCACAAAUUAAUAAUCUGUCAGAGUAUUGAUCCAGACUGAGGCUUCAUGUGACAACCCUUCAAUCACUGCUGUCAGAGUGCAUGAUGGGACACAGACGAUGUCAGCUGAUGACGGAGAGCAGAACAGGAAACAGAUUGUUUCAUAUUUUACACCUUCAGAAAUAAUCAGGUACUUAAUGCCGGAGGCAGAAUAAUUGCAGGAUGUCCUUCUGUCCGUCCUGUUCGUAUGAACACAGUAUCUGAAGAACACUUUGAGAGAAUUAUUUUCAAAUUUGGCACAAACGUCCAUUAUGAGUCAAGGACAAACUGAUUAGAAGUUAGGGGUCAAAGGUCACUGCGUCCUUAUCUGGCUCCUCCUCCUGAACGGGAUAUUUCAAGAACACCAUGAGAGAUUUUUUUCAAAUGUGGCACAAGUCAUUUUGAGUCAAAUUGAUUAGAUUUUUGGAGUCAAAGGUCGCUAUGACCUUACAGUUUCGUAGAUGUAGGCCGGAAGAAAUUUCCUUCAAUUUGGCACAAACGUUCACGUGGGCCCAAGAAUGAACUGAUCAGAAUUUAGACUCCAUGAAAAAUGUUUUUGGCUUAAACUCAAAAAGUUCACCUGCAAAUUAUGAUGGAUAAAAUAAUGAAGGUCAAAGGUCAAAGGUCAGCUUGACUGUGACAUCAUCAUGUUUUAACGUCAUAUCUCAGGAACAGAAGGGGAGACAUUUGGUCAGAUACUGAAUUGGUGACUCUAAUCUUGAACCUGUGCUGAUUGUAUAGAUCUUCUGUGUGUGAAGCAUCCAUGUUUUCACUGACAUGGAUGGAGACUGGAACUGCGACACGACCGCGAGGCGUUAGUUAUAGUUAGGUCACGGUCGAGCUAACCAGGCUAACAGUUUCCCUUUGCCCACAGUGUUUGUGCUAAGCUAAGUUAGCUGCAGCCUGGAUUGCAGCGAGAGUUUAAAUAUUCAGAUCACACAGGUAACUAAAAACCUGUGUGUGUGUGUGUUGAAUGUAAAUUAAACAUGGAGGAUGGCGGUUUGCUCCUUAAACUGCAGCCUGUUUGUUCUCAGCUGAUAAAUUAUUUAAAAACAUUUUCUUCUGUGUGACGCCAGAAAGUUACACAAACACAAACACACCAUCCUCCUGCUCUUCCUCCUCCUGGUCCUUUCCUCUCUCCUCCCCAUCUGCCUCCUCUCCUCCUCUUCUCUCCUCCCUGUCUUCCUCUCUUCCUUCUCCCCCUCCUCUUCCUCCUCCUGGUUCUUCGUCCUCGGCUGUAAUUAUCAGCAGAACGAGCGGCUGCAUUAAAUUAUUAACGUUUUAUUAUCGUCAGAAAUGGGUCGCUAAUACUUUAAAGUGUGUUAGAGUGUGUUAGAGUGUGUUAGAGUGUGUUAGUGUGUGUGUGUGUGUGUGUGUGUGUAAAUGUGUAAAUGUAAGUGUUUAAUAUUUCAUACGAGUCAUCAGAUGUUCAGGAGACGAAGAGAGAACAGGAAGUCAGAGAGAGAGAAAGUGUGUGUGUGUGUGUGUGUGUGUGUGUGUGUGUGUGUGUGUUGGAGUGAUGCACUCUGGGUAUAAAUAGACGUUACAUCUGGACUCGUACAACUUUAAUGACUCUUCUUCUUCAUGAAUAUAAUUGGAGACGUCGACCUGCUGCCUUGUCUCAGCCAAGGUCACCCUCCUCCUCCUCCUCCUCCUCCUCCUUUUUCCUACUUUUUUCUUCCUCCCUCACUUCUUCUCAUCUUCCUCAUCUUUCUUUCCUCCAUGUCUUCAUCCUCUGUCCACCAUUUCCUCCUCCUUUUCUUUUGUCUUUCCUCUGUCACACUCUUCUCUCCUCCUCCUCCUCCUCCUUCUCCUCCUCUUCUGCCUCCUCCUCUUUUCAGCUCUGAUGAUACUCCUGAUUAAAAUCACCAUGAUCUUCAUCAGGUCAUGUCGUUCCUCCACUGACAAACGUGACGCUCACGCUGCUGAUGAAGACCAUGUGGCACAGCUGAAAGCUCUUCUUAUCUCUGCAGGGCCGCCUGCAGUAACAUUACUGAUCAUUAAUGACCUUUUAUUAACGACUUACGAACGUCGACAGCGGCGAUGCUGUUGGUUUAUUAGAAAGUACAAAGAACAUUAUUUACGUCUCUUCACUUCAGUCAUCAGUGCCUGAUAAUGUCCGAUUAACGUACCUGCAGAUUAUUCAUGUUAUUAUAUGCUUUAUUAAUGUGUUAUUAACAUGUAUUACUGCAGAUUUAAUUUUAAUAAUAAUUAAUGACUUAAUAGCGUUUAGAGCUGCAGGUUAUUCAUGUUAACAGUAAAUGUGUUACUGCAGUCUCCUCGUCUUAUUAGAAACCUCAACUUAACCUUAGUUCUUAUUAAGGGUUAAUAACGACUCUGAAGCAUUAAUAGCAGCAACAAUUUAUUAACACUAAUAAAGACAUUAGUGUUAAUAAACAGUUUAGUAACACUAAUAAAUUUAAUUUUAAUUGUUUAAGUUUAAGUUUAGUUGUUAAUAAUUUCUGUUUAUUUAACUAUAUAUUUGUUAAUACUACUGUUUAAAUUUCUUAUAUUUUCACGUAUCUUUCCUCUCUUGCAAGGAGCACCUGUAACAUAAAUAAUUUCCCCUCUUGGAUCAGUAAAGUAUUUCUGAUUCUGAUUCUAAAGACAUUAGAGUUAAUAAACAGUUUAUUAACAUUAAUAAAGACAUUAGUUGGAGCUUAUUAACCUUUUAUAGAGGCUGAAUAAUAAAACGUCGUGACCUCGUGAUAAACUGUUUCUGAAACAAUUUAUUUUCACAAUAAAAUACAGGAAGUGACACAAGAUGACAGCGUGGUCUGUUUCUCUGCUGAUCUGAAGUCAGUUUAAAGUCUGUGUCCCAGCAUGCAUCAGGAGGGCGGAGGGUUAAACUGCUGUUUGAUGAUGAUGAUUUUACUGUCACGUCUCUUCUUCAUGUGUCGUCUCACUUUUUGUCCCUUCAUGUCAGACGGGAGUUCACUGUCAUUCGACAUUUAAAAUGUAAUUACAGCUCUUAUUCUGAAAGGUUCACUAAAUCCGACUACUAAAUUUCCCGAGUUUAGACUGAUGCUAAUGUGCAAUAUUUUCAGAGAUGAUGAAGCAAACACGUUCUCUUUGUGAUUAAUCAUCACAUUCAAAUCAUAAUUACAUUACAUAAAUAUAAAUUCACAUUUUUCUGAAUAAUUGACUCCUAAAGACAAAAAUAUUUCAACCUCAGCUGAAGUGAAGUAUGUGUGUGAGCUAAUGAGCGCUAAAUGUAGCACUAAAUACUCUUAAGUAUUUAGUGCUAAAUACAAAAUCGUACACGUCAUGUUAGCACUUAUAAAUACUCCAGAUGUCCUUAGUGUGUCUGUUCAGACUUACACCCGCUUGCUUUUUUUUUAUUCAUCGCUAAAUAUUCAAAGUUUGGAAUAUUUAAUGCCAAAAGAGCAAACACACACGCCUCACGUUAGCUUAAGUUUAAAUAUGGACUCAUGUUAACAUGAUACAUUAAAAGUAAAAAUACGUGAAUAUUUGACUUUAAAAUAUUAACAUUUAAUGUUAAAUAUUCUGUUAAGACUUUAAGAUAAAGAACGGUAUGUGUGGGUGUUACUUAGCGCUAAAUAUCCUUAACAUGGACUAAUAUUUAGAACAGUGCUAAUAUGUAUAUGUUUGUUUCAUGUAUUACUAAAUAUGGCAUAUUUAACACUGAAUAUGAAAGCAAAUACACAUGCCUCACGUUAGCAUUAGCUGACAUAUUUCAAAUUUAGCCUUAUGUUAACAUUAGCAUUAAUUUAAAUUCGGACUCAUGCUAACAUGAAAUAUUCAAAGCAAAAACGUGAAUAUCUGACUUCUAAAAAUAAAAAUUUAAUACUGAAUACUCCAUAUUUAACGUUAAAUAGUCUGUAUUUAGACUAAAGAUGAAGAACGGUAUGUGUGGGAGCUAUGAAGCGGUAAUUGUAGCGCUAAAUAUUCCAAACAUGGGCUAAUAUUUAGAACAGUGCUAACAUGUAUGUGUGUUUGCUUCAAUAACUACUAAAUAUUCUAAAUAGAGAAUAUUUAGUGCAAAAAAGCAAACACAUUUACCUCAAGUUAGCAUUAGCUUACGUAUUUCAUAUUUAGAUUCAUGUCAACAUUAGCAUCAGUUUAAAUAUGGAUUUGUGGUAAUCUGAGGUUCGUCAGAUGUUGUUAUUAGGUUAUUGUUUUAUUAUUUCACAUUCUUCAGUCUUAAUUUAAAUCUCCUACGUGACAUGAACGCUGUGUCAGAAAACACUUGGUCUGAAUUUAUAUUUAAAGCCAACAGAAAAUGAAGCACCUGAGCAAACUGUUAGCUAACUAGCUAGACCUGUUAAGAAAAAAAGACACCAGUGCUAAUGCUAACAUGUUAUUAGCUCCCUGGCUGUGUUAGCUUGUGUGCUAACCAGAUUUUUGCUGGUUAGCUGGCUAACAAGCUAACGUUAGCCAAACUCAAAAUCAAUCAAAUGGGGGAAAAAAAGAGUUUCUGUUCUUCUUCUGAGACUCGAAACACAAACUGGCAGGACGUCCAACAUGGCCGCCGGGGAUGGCUGUGUCCUCUCUGGACAACGUGGACUCACCUGAAGACACCUGAGGACAAAUGUAAUGUGUAACCUUUGUAACAAACUGAGAGGCGGAGCCAGAGGAACCAUUGUUGGAUGUUCGGAGCUGAACUUUGAUUGUAGCCCCGCCCCCACAGGUGCUGUCACUCACUCUCAGCUUGUUGACCUCUGACCCCAGGUGUGGGUUCACCUGAACUGUUUCCUCUCCUCGUCUCAGCGAGUUUUUCCUGCUCUGAUUGUUUGUUUCACUUCCUGUUGGGAAAUUAUACUAAAAAAAAAAGAUGAAGAAAAAAAAGACUGUUAAACUCUACUAACGAUUUUAUUUUCUGAAUUUGUAAACGAUGUAUAUUUUAAAACAAAUAAAAUAUUUUAAACGUA